AUGCAGCGGAACAACUCGUUCGGGACGUCGUGGGCGGACCAGUGGGACUACGGCGGCGACCCGAGCCCGAGGGCGCGGCGUGACCACGCCCACGGGGGCAAGGCCGGCGGCGGCGGCGGCGUGGGGGAGAAGACCAAGGCGGCCGCGGCCACCGGGAUCAGGAAGGUGAAGGAGGGCACGGCGCAGGGGUUCCAGUGGAUCAAGGACAAGUGCCAGCGGAAGAACGGCGGCGGCGGCGGCAAGAAGCAGCAGGGCUCGGAGCUCCCGGGGUACUAA